ACCCUGAAGCGACGCGAUAAUGACGAGCAUCCAAAGCAUUUGGAGUCUCGCAAGAAGCAGAAGAAGUGAUGGCAACACUGGCGCGAUUCUGCGAAAUGUCACGGGACGCAUUGCCAACACGAUGGCAGCACUGUCGACCCUGCUGCUGGUCGCCGGAGUUGCCCUCUGCGACGAGGACACAACGCCGCACCCGCUGGUGGACGACCACUACUGGCGCCACUCGCAGCCGAUCCUGUUUCCGGGCGCGAACCAGUUCGGUGGUCCCCCCUCACGACCGUACGCGUACAACCCGGCCGCCGGCAAGCUAAAAUUCGACGGCCGGCUGGUGAAGGCCCAAAAGCAGAACCCCAACUCAAAGUCCAAGGCCAACGUCGGCGGAGGUGGUGGCGGCGGCAAUGGACGGACCCCGUUGCCCCACGGACGAAUCAAGAUGGCGCCCGGGCCGAUUCCGAUCGGGCAGGAGAUUCCGAACGGGCCGGGUGAUUUGAGGAAUGGUCCAAGGAGGCCGGUGCCACCGGUUUACGGGACCGGCGGUGGAUUUGGGACACUUUCGCACGGGUUGAGUCGACCGGUUGGGGGAGAGCGAACCGAGGGCAACCCGCGGAUGCACAACGGGUACGAGUACGGGGGAUCGCUGGACAAGGUGUUCGUGCCGGAGGGUGACCUACUGGCGGGUGGUGCCGGAGCGGACAAUUCCCCGGGCGUGGACAACUGCGACAUUCAGUGCGAGCCGAAGGAGUUCAAGUGCGAGAAGAGUUGCGCCUGUGUCCACAUGGAUCUGCACUGUAACGGGCAGGCGGAUUGCAUUCUGUCCGAGGACGAGCAGAACUGCGAAGCGGUCCAGCAGGAGCUGAUGGCGCGGAUGAAGGAGUCGUGUGAGGCCAGCGGAACGCACAUGAUUUGUGCGACCUCGACGACGUGCAUUUCGAAGGAGUGGCGAUGUGAUGGGGACGAUGAUUGUGGGGAUCGGAGCGAUGAACGCGGAUGCGGAACGGCCCAUCAGUGCACGGAGAACAAGUACCAGUGCGCGAACGAGCUGUGCAUCCCGCGGGAGUGGGUCUGCGACGGGGAUGACGAUUGUACGGAUCUCUCGGACGAGAGGAAUUGUUCGAGGCAAUGCACCGCGGACGAGUUCCGGUGCCACGACGGGUCGUGCAUUUCGGCGGCGUUCGAGUGCGACGGCGAGGCGGACUGCAUCGACGAGUCGGACGAGGGUGCGUGCGACCGGCCCAUGCAGAGCUGUCCGGAGGGCGAGUUCAAGUGCAAGGGUUCGCUGGGUGGGUUGGGGGGACCCGGGGGGAGGUGCGUGUUGAUGCGGUUCCGGUGCGACGGGGACAACGAUUGUGGCGAUUGGAGCGACGAGGAGGGCUGUCCGAAGAAGCAGGCGUUGUGUACGGCCAGUGAGUUCAAGUGUGACGACGGGGAUUGCAUUCCGAUGCAGUGGCGGUGCGACGACAAGCAGGACUGUAACACGGGGGAGGACGAGAAGGGAUGUCCGGUGGACAAGCUGGCGGGGAAGGAGUGCUCGCAGGAUGAGUACACGUGCAAGGAUGGGCGGUGCAUUUUGCGCUCCUGGGUUUGCGACGGAACCGCCGACUGCAAGCGCGGCGAGGACGAGCAGGACUGCGACAUCAAGUGCGAACGGAACCAGUUUACGUGUCCGGCCGCAGGCCGGAACAGCUCCCGCGACUCUCGCUGCAUCAACCAGAAGCACGUGUGCGAUGGCCACGCGGACUGCGCCAACGGCGAAGACGAGCAUCGCUGUCCGAUUGUCCACCCGUGCGGAGCUCACGCCAUGUGCGAGAAGAUCUGCGUGACGGCGUACAGCGGCCGGGAAGAGUGCCGAUGUCCGGUGGGCUACCUACUCCAUGGAAACGGCUACAACUGCACGGACUUUGACGAGUGCACGAUCACCAGCAAUCCGGUCUGCUCGCAGGAGUGCACCAACACGAUCGGAUCGUUCAUGUGCAGCUGUAAGCCCGGGUACAUCUUGAGACCGGACGGGCGAACCUGCAAAGCCGUUGGAGGAUCGGUCAAACUGUUGAUGGCCAAUCGGGCCGACAUUCGACAGGUUUCGCUCAGCAACAAUCAGUUUACGUCGAUCGUGAAGGGACUGCCGAACGCGAUCGCCCUCGACUACCACUACCAGAAGGAUCUGCUGUUCUGGACGGACGUCUCAAUCGACGUGAUCAAGCGAUCGUACAUCAACGGAACCGGCGUGCGUGACGUGAUCAAGUGGGGUCUGGAGUCUCCUGGAGGUUUGGCGGUUGACUGGAUUCACGACCUGCUCUUCUGGACCGACUCCGGAACACGUCGAGUCGAGGUGUCCACCUUUGACGGCAAGCUACGGGCGGUGAUCGCGGCGAACGAUCUGGACAAGCCACGUGCGAUCGCGGUUCACCCGGGCAAAACCACCGUUUUCUGGACGGACUGGGGUACGGUACCGAAGAUCGAAAAGUCCUACAUGGACGGAUCCGAGCGACAGACGAUCGUGUCGGAGUCGAUCUUCUGGCCGAACGGCCUCGCGAUCGACUACACCACCAACCGGAUCUACUGGGCGGACGCGAAGCACGUGAUCGAGAGCGCCAACUUUGACGGGAAAGGACGCAAGAAGAUCCUCAGCAACAACCUACCGCACCCGUUCGCCAUGACCCUCUUCGAGGACUCGAUGUACUGGACGGAUUGGCACACGAGGACGGUGUCCUCCGCCAACAAGGUCAACGGACGUAACUUCCGCAUCGUUCAAGAAGGUCUGCACUUCCCGAUGGACAUCCAGAGCUACCACCCCUCUCGCCAACCGGAAUACAUCAAUCGCUGCGCCCAGGACUCCAGCGGUCGCCGAGGAGGUUGCUCCCACCUGUGUCUGCCCAACCGGAACCACCGACGCUGCGCCUGUCCAAUCGGCCUAACCCUGAAACCCGAUCAACGCACCUGCUCCAACCAACCGGACAAACUCCUGCUAAUCUCCCGCAAGAAAGACAUCCGCGUACGUCAACUCGACCAGCAAAAUCCAACAAAAGGCGUAGACAUGGUCGUCCCCCUGGACGGAAUCAAGUCGAACGUCGCGAUCGACUGGUGCAGCCAGUCGAACGUGAUCUACUGGACCGACGUCGGCAAGAGCAUCAUCAGCCGGGCGUUCAUCAACGGCAGCCAGCAGGAGGCGAUCAUCAAGUCGAACCUGAUCUCCCCAGCCGGUCUCGCGCUGGACUGGAUCACCGACAAGAUCUACUGGACGGACGCCGGUACGAACCGGAUCGAAGCGGCGAGCACCGAUGGUCGCCAGAGGGCGCUGCUGAUCUGGGAACGGCUGGACAAACCGCGGGACAUUGUCGUUCACCCGAGCGAAGGGUUCAUGUUCUGGUCGGACUGGGGAUCGAACCCGCUGAUCGAGCGAGCUGGUAUGGAUGGGACGGGACGGGUGACGCUGGUCUCGGAGAACCUGCAGUGGCCGAACGGACUGGCGCUGGACAUUGACAGCCACAAGUUGUACUUUGUUGAUGGCGGGACGAAACUGCUGGAGUACGUGAACUUUGACGGGACUGGCCGGAAUCGGCUGAUCACGGAGGGGCUCAAGCAUCCGUUCGGGCUGGACGUGCACGAUCGGAAGGUUUACUGGACGGAUUGGGACACGCACAGCAUUCAGGUGGCGGACAAGAUCACCGGGAAGAAUCGGGACACGAUUCUGGCGAACAAUACCGACUUGAUGGAUAUUAGGGUGUUUCAUCGGACGAGGAAGGACGUUCGGAAUCCGUGCGGAUCGAGGAAUGGCGGGUGCUCGUACAUCUGCUUGCUGAACCCAUCCGGGUAUUCGUGCGCUUGCCCGAUUGGAAUUCAGCUGAAUGACAACGGCAAAACGUGCAAGGACGGUCCCUCGAACUACCUGAUCUUCGCGCACCGUACCGAUAUCCGGCAAGUCUCGCUGGACAGCGACUACCAAAUCGACGUGGUCCUACCCCUGCCGCCGAUCUCGAACGCCGUGGCGCUGGACGUGGACGCCCGCACCGGUGACGUGUACUGGGCGGACACGAUCGAGGACGUGAUCAUGCGAUCGUCGCCGAACGGGAUGCGCAUCAAGCAGGUGCUCAGCGAGAGCAUGGACAGCGUGGACAGUUUGGUGGUGGACUCGAUCGGGCGGAAGAUCUACUGGGCGGACGCGGGGAGGUGCUCGAUCGAGUGCAGCGAGUUGGAUGGUAGCGUGAGGACGGUGCUGGUUUGGCACGAUCUGGAUCAUCCGAGGGGAAUCGCGCUGGACUACGACAUGGGGUAUCUGUUCUGGUCGGAUUGGAGGAAGGAUCCGGUGAUCGAGCGGGCCGAUAUGGACGGAGAGCGGAGGAAGACGAUCGUGACGACCGAUUUGGGGUAUAUUAGUGGGUUGGCGGUGGAUGGUCACGAGAAGCGUAUCUACUGGACCGAUUCGAAGAGCAAGAAGAUCGAGUCGUGUGACAUGAACGGCAACUCGCGGAAGGUACUGCUGGAGAACAUCCCACAUCCGCAUGCGUUGGCGGUUACGCGAGGUAUGGUGUACUGGACGGACUGGAUGACCAAGGCGUUGCACUCGGUUUCGAAGACGAACAUUAGCAAGAUCAAGAAGGUGGCGAAGGAUUUGGAGAAUCUGAUGGACGUCAAGGUCGUGCUGGAGCAGGAGGAGUACACGGAAGCCGCUUGCGGCAAGAACAACGGCGGAUGUUCGCAUCUCUGCUUGAGGAAGCCGAAAGGGUACUCGUGCAAGUGUCCGACGGGACUGUUGAUGCGGGAAACCGGUGGCAAGGAGUGCAAGACCGUUCCGGAUGAGUACCUGUUGGUGGCGCUUCGCUCCGGCAUCGGUCGCAUCUCGCUGGACACCCAGGAUCUGUUUGACGUGGUUCUGCCGAUCGAUGGAGUUCACGGAGUGGUCGCGUUGGACUACCACUUUGACCGGAUGUACAUCUUCUACGCGGAUGUCAACGUGGACGCGAUCCGGCGAGUCAGCAUGAACAACUUUUCCGACUCGAAGGUGAUCGUGGCUAGUGGGUUGAAUACGCCGAACGGAAUCGCCGUUGACUGGUUGGCCGACAAUCUGUACUGGACGGAUGCGGCGUUGAAGAAGAUUGAGGUCUCGAGGUUGGACGGCAGUUGCAGGAAGGCGGUGUUGACCGGGGGUUUGGAUGACCCAAGGUCGAUCAUUUUGUACCCGAAGCGGGGCUUCAUGUUCUGGGCGGAUUGGGGACAGGCUCCGCGGAUUGAGAAGGCCUACAUGGACGGGUCGGAGCGGAGAAGUAUCAUCGAUUCGGAGUUGGGCUUCCCAACCGGACUGGCCAUUGAUUUUGACAUGAAGAAGCUGUACUGGGCCGACGCUCAGCAGGAUCGGAUCGAGAUGUGUGACUUUGACGGGAAACGUCGUACGCGGGUCAUUUCGCAGGCCACACAUUCGUUCGGAUUCACGCUGAUCGGUGGCUACAUGUACUGGACCGACUGGCACAACAAAUCCGUGCUGCGGGCACCGAAGCGAGUGGCCGCUCCCGUCGAGGAGGUGCGUUUCGGACUGCGAGGUGCCCUCGAAAUCCGGUCCGUGUCGGGAAGUCGCCAGCCGCAUGACAUCAACCCUUGCGCCAAGGACAACGGUGGCUGCAGCCAUCUGUGCCUGUUUGCCGAAACGCGUUACGUCUGCGGCUGUCCGGACAUUCCGGAUGACGAGACCCACUGCCGGCUGGAACCGGCCUUCAACGUGCCGAUACUAACAAACGACGAGAUUACGCCCACCAUGGACGAGGAGAAACCGGCCAAAUCCAACGGGUCAACCAUGCUCCACAGCAAGAACAAGAUCCACGCCCAGCUGGUCAUCAUCGCGAUCGCGAUCGUCGGCGGUCUGCUCAUAAUAGUAGUGAUCGCCAUCCUAGUGCUGAUCGUCAACUCGAAGCGGAAACAGAGCAAGAAGACAUCGCGCAGCGGCAGUGACGUGCUGACGUUCACCAACCCGAACUACAACGGCGUCGUCGAGGGGAUGUGCCACCAUCCGGGGUCGGCGGGCAGCGAGGGCAGCGGCGGCGGCGGCGGCCGGAACACCAUCUGGAAGCGGCUCAAGUACGACCGGGCGCAGGACCGUGUCUACGAGGAGAAGUACCUGGGCCUGCCGCACGGCACCGCCACCACGACACUGAUUUCGCCGGCCUCUUCGUCGCAGAUUUCCUCCACAUCGGCAGUGCUUCCAGUUUAAGCGAAUAAGCUAACAAAGGCAAAUGAAAGAAAACAACAAAAUCGAGACAAACACAAACUAGAAAAGAAAGCUACAACGGUGCAAGUUGUAGCAAAAGAAACCGAAACAACAAACUUAACAAAAGAAAACAAAUAAAAAUGACGAGAAAACAAACAAACAAAAAUCAAGAAUGCAACCAUUCAAAUCAAUGAAACAUAUUCACUGAAGCGAAACGUUCACGGUAAUUCAAGGCAGCUACGCUAGAACGAAACAAGCUAACACAACUACACUCUAAAAAUAAACGAAACCCAAGGUUGAGCAAUUGACAAACAAACACAAACUAAGAGUAAAUGCUAAACAAAAACGUAAACACACAAAGAACUACAAGCAAACAUGUUAUUUUUAUCACUAUUUUUUGUAUAGGGCAGGGAAUAUACUUUAAAGGUGAAAUAAAACACACUUCUUUCUUAUGAAUUCAACAAGAGGUCAUAAGAAAAUAACAAAAGUUGUAAAAAGGGGAGUUGUUAGUAGAAAAACAGCCAAACUGAUGGACUGUCAACUGGUCGAUCAAAGUUGGCCAUGAUAGUUCUAGCUGGGAAAAUCAACAAAACAAUUUUUCUGCAAGAGUACAUUUCCAGACUUUUCAUUACAAACACCGAGACUCACCAAAAAAACACAACAUUGCUAUCCUCUCUGAAAAUAGAGUGUGAGUGUGGUUACAAAACAAAACUGGUUGUAAUUUUACGAACCUAAUCGAAGUUAUUUUCCGAAAAAGAAAAACAAACACAGAGAUCGCAAAACUAUAGUAAACAAAAACAAAAUUAACAGCAAAAAAUAAUGAUUAACAAAUAGAACAAAAAAGUAACAAUGACAGCUAGCGAGUACACUGUAAAGCAGAACUAAUCAACCCACACACACACACAUUCAGUGACACAACACACUGCUCGGAGAAACCGAGCAAGUUUUCGGGUUUCUUUGUUUACAAGAUUUCGUUUCGCGGUGCUUCAGAAUGCAAAAUGACAUAAUAUUCCAUAGGAUAAACGCAGUCGUUAAUACUGUUGACAUUAAGGCAAAAACAAAAAAAAACAAACACAAUAUAUAUGGAUGUUUUAUAUAUUUCUAGUUUUUUAUACAUAUCCUGCGAUUAAUGAGAGGAGGGAAAAACUCAAAAAAAGAACAAGACAGUGUAAUAUUACUCCAACAUAGUAAUAAACCGCAAAAUAAGGGGGAAUUUUUCGUUUCCGCAAACACAAAAAUACACUUUCGUUUGACAGUUGAGCGCCACUCAAAGCAGUAGGCUAUGCGCUUUUGUUUUGAUUUUUUUUUGUUGCUGGUACGGUUACUGCGUUCAAGCGACGAGAGACAACAUGGCUGUGUGACGACGUUCGAGCGAAGAGUUUAGUUUACUGGACUUGCGGGCUGGCAGCCCGGCUGGCUCCAGACCGGGUUGCCAGAAGGGGGUGAUUUUACUGACUUGAAUUAUUAUUUGUUGUUGUAAUUUUUAUUUUGACUCUUUUCAAUAAUAUUUUUAAAGCAAAUUUGUAGAAAAUUUCAAGUUUGUGGAAAGAAAGUUGCACAAAAUGAGUUUUAUUUUGUAAAAUUUGAUAAUUUAUUAAAAUUCCACAGUUUAAAAAAUGUGUGUUAGGAGGGGAAAACAUUGGCACGUCAAAAAUAGUGUAAACAAAACGCUGUUUACAUUGUUUUGGUGGCCUCCUUGGAGCAUCUUCUAUAAAUAAACGAAAAGUUUAGAAACUAGGUGGAAUGUGAAAAGUUUGAACUUUACUGAAAAGAUGGAGGGGGACAAUUUGAGGUGGGUUAUGAAAACUCUAAUCGUUUGCUAGGAAUACGAUUUUUUACUGACAGAUAAAAUUACACUUAAGAAAGUUUGAAGCUGCAAAAAAGAACAGUAAAAAAGAGUAAAAGCGUAGGAUAAUUAUUACCUAAAAGUAAAACAAACAAAAACAAGCUAGUGUACAUAAGAAUACUCUCCAGAAAAAAAGUUGCAGUGAACAAGUCAUUGAAAUCGGUUGAAAAAACAAAAACAAAUUAAAGCAGGAGAAUGAUGCAAAAGUUAUAAAUGCAAAAACAAGAAGUAAACACACACACACACGUGAAACAUUGUGCCAAAACUAGCCAAACAAAGCGGGGUGGAGCCGUGUGUCGGGUGCGCGUGCACAGUAGGCCAUGACGCCGUCGCCGAUCGAUCAGCUUGCGUGGGAGGUCUCCAAAACUCUCCCACCGCUGACCGGUUGAUGCGCAGCCAGUUUGACAGCUGCUGUCAAACUGACGUGCAAGGCUGCUCGCGCGUGACAGUUCGAUGCACGCUCGCCUGGUUUUGAGGCGAAAAGUGUAAAAACAAAACAAAAACUAUCCGCUCACUAUAUAUGAAGUAAAAUGUAAACAAAAUGAUGGACAUUUUUUAAGAAAUUGAUAUUUUCACUAAAUGGAUACAAGACUGAUUUGCUCCUGGGUUUUACUCUGUAUUGUUGAUAUGAGUCUAAAAGUUUGUGUGAUACAAGGAACAUAAUGGGAUUUAAAGAUAUAUUUUUUCUAGUUAAUUUAACAAAAUCUUGCUUUCCAUUUCAACAAAUGAUGCAAUAUUAAAUAUUGCGGAAUUUGCUCAAACCGGUGAUUUUUGUGAAAUAUUUUUUAAGCGUAAAUGUUAGAGCAAAUCUUGGAAUGGAACCUUUCAAAGUCAAACUCUUCGCAGAGUUGCCAACCUUCAACUUUAAUUCUUUUCGAGAUCUGUCAUUUGAACAAACUUUAAAAAAAAAGGUAAGCAUAAAAAAACAAAUAAAAACAUAAAUUUGCUCAUAUAUCACUGUAUAAAUUUGACAAUAUAAAAGAAAAAUCAAAUGCCGAAAACAUGACAAACCAAAACAAAAACAAACCGCAAAGAAACGUCAGACAAGAGAACGCGCGCGUGCGCGGGAGCGGGACGACCUAAGGCCGAUCGCAGCAAGCCGUCUGGGCUCAAAACAGGGCAGGCCGGUCACUUAGCUCCUCCCACGAGCUCCACGCGCCGCCAAUGACGUUUGACGUCACAGGACGGGGCUAAACAAAAGUGUGUAAACAAACGCUUUAAGUUUGUGGUUUUGUUUACCUUUUUUGUUGUUGUUGUUUUAUUGUUUUCUUUCCGUUAUCCACAUUGAUCCUAUUCAGGUGCGCGUUUUAGUGCAUGCAAAUGUGAACAGGUUGAUGAAUGUUUUUAUUUUUUACUUUUUUAUAUCGAAAUAAACAAAAACACUAGCGAAUGGAGCAAAUGCGAGGGAGGGAGUUAGGUAAAAAAAGGUUUAGCGAAAAACGAAAGUACUAAAAGUAACUACAAAGAGAUUUGCCCACAUUUGGGAAUUGCUGAAAACCGGUUUGCAGGGGAAGUAGAAAUGAAAACAAAGAGAAAAGAAAGAUUAUAUUUAUAUACUUACUGCAAAGCAAAAUUAUCGAAACAGAAGAAAAGAAGUGCGAGGGCAAUUGGCUUUCACUGCACUGCUGGCAACACAGAAAUUUAAAAAGACAAACAGGCAAGAUCCCCAAACCGGGUCUUUAUAUCAUGUUGUUAUGCAAAAUGUUUAUUUACUGAGUUUGAACAAUUGUAAACAUACGGAACGGGCAACCACAAAUACUUUAUUUUUUAUAAGAAAACGAAGGAAAAUGCGAUUAAAACACAUUUUAAAUGAAACACAAAGAAUGAAAACGGAUUGAAAGAAUCUAAUUUUUACUAAACAAAAAUCCAAAAAAGAAAUAAAAAACAAAACAAGGGAAAAGUAAACAAGAGUCAAACUCUGUCUCCCCGUCUCACUCACUUGCGAGCUCAAAAGAGAGGGAGAGCGCGCACAACUAAAGAGAGUGAGAGCAGCGGGGUUAGUUCGUAAGUAAACCAAAAACACACACACAUCCAACCCGGAAGUCGAAAGAGAGAGAGGGAGAGAGAAAAAAACCCAUAAACUUGCCUCCAGGUUUAUGGAACGAACUAUCGACUUCUAGCACGUAAAAAACUAUAUAUUUUUUCAAAGAGACAAACAUAAAAAAAGACAAUUUUUAAGUUUUUGGUUGGAUGUGUGCCGUCAAUUGAGCAAAAAGUAAAUAAAAAGUCUCUUUUUGUCACGCCCGAAAAUCUCUCUCACACGCACACGCACACGGAAAUCGUGACGUCACUCGCUGAGUGAGUGAAAAUUAGUGGAAAAGAGAGAGGUUAAAGUGGAAGAGAGUUGGAGAGAGAGGGCGCGCGUGUGCGCGUGAGUCACUGAAGAAGAAGAAAAUGUUCUUUUCAUUUUUAUAGAAAAUAACAAAAUGAAUAAAGCGCGAAAAGAGAGAGAGUGGGGAAAAAACAGAAACGUUAGUGAAACACAAAUAAAAAACACACACACACACACACAAAUACUGAAUGGGAGGGUGAAAAGUAAAAAAAGAGGAAAAAUCGAAUACACUUAAAGAAAAACUUUGACAAGAAACCAAAAUGCUGUGAGGAAUUAAAAUGAAUAAAAAACAAACAAAAAAUACAAAACAUAGUUGAAACCAAAAAGGAAAAAAAGAACGAAACAUUCACUAAAAAACAGGAAUAUGAGAAGGAAGCGCAGUGGAAG